CGAGUCUGUUGCGACUUUUAUGUCGCAAUAGACAAUUUCACCCGGAUGUAAUACAUACUCGGUAGUACACGCUCCUAGCUGACAUUGAAAUGCAUCUUUCUGAACUGGUUUGGUUGGAUCUGUAAAAUAAACCGAUACAAUGAAGCUUACAGCCUUAUUGUCAAUGGCCGCGAGAGUGGCCUUGCCUCGCAACUAUCGUCAUGGAACAAGUAGACCCUGGACCUUUGCUGCAAAGAGACGAAACCCACCUGGGUCACACAGAAGAAAGGUUUUUGUGGACACAAUUCCAAACGAGGAGUGGACGGUGUUCAAGGGCGACACAGUGGCGAUUUUAGCUGGAAAGGACAAAGGAAAGCAGGGCAAAGUGGUCGAGGUGAUCAGAGCUCGCAACUGGGUUAUUUUGGAGGGACUCAAUGUGCAUUACAGAUUCAUUGGAAAGACUGGAGAUUACCGGGGUACCUACAUAGCCAGUGAGGCUCCCUUAUUACUAAGUGAGAUCUCCCUCAUUGACCCCACUGACAGGAAAGUGACAGAGGUAGCCUGGAGGUUCACAGAAGAGGGUGACAAGGUCCGAGUGUCCUUGAGAACAGGACGAAUCAUUCCCAAGCCUCCUUACCAACGGAAGGAUGGGAUCGUCCCCGAGCAAUGGAAGGAUGGACCUAAAGACACAUCUGCUGAAGACGCACUGAUGAAAACCUACUCCCCAUCUUUGAAGACCCUUGAGGAGGAGGUCAUGGAAGCCAUGGGAGUCACAGAGAACAGAAAGCCCCGUACGUCCUACUGGUAUUGAGGAGACUCAAAGUUGGAUUGGCACCAGAAUGCAUCAUCAAUUCCAUUAAUCAGGACAACCUGUUGGAUUGUGUUUAUACGUGUAUUUUUUCUUUCCAUACAUCCUUGUUAAUAGGUAUGUUUGUUUGUAUAGUGUUUAUCAGCUGACUGUGAAGUCAAAAAGCUUGUCAUGAUGGGUACCUGUUAUUCCACAAAUGACUGCUGCAAUAAUAUUAAAUUUGUGAUGAGG